AAACUAUCGCACCGCGACCUUUCAGCGAGUCGAUAAGUGAUAAGUGGAAAGUGGCUGCAGAUCCAGUUAUCACUCUCUCACUACCAUUUUCAUCAGUAGCAGGUUUCCCACUCCCUUCACCAAUAGUUCAACCCUUUCUCAAGUAGAUUACCUACCUAGGUAACAAGUACGAGAGCCGUUUGCAUUCAGAUGUACUUCUUGAGCUAUUCCUUAUAUUGUUUCUAUAGGUAACUAAGGUAAUAAUUUUCCAUUAUCUUGCUUUGUCAACUGUUUGGGAGCUAGCUAUGGUGCUGAGGAAUGCCUUUUUCGAUAAUCUGGUCUGUUCGAUAUCGAUAAGCUGAAGCUCCCUUCUACUUGACUUACCUAGUAUAUUACAACGACGAGGAGUAAUACCUCCAGUACCUCACUUGAUGCAUGGAUGUCUUGACGAUUAACUUCUUUUGGCGCAUGGCUAAGAAAAAUUAAUUGCUUUACAUUUCGACCAUCAGCAUGUGGUCAUUAGACCGAUUAUCUGGACAUACAACACCUUCUGCUUCUCCACCUCCACCAUUAAAUAGGAACCCCAGUCUACCUCGCCGUCCGACUCAUCUUGCGCCAUUACCAGUCGGCGGUAGACCUCCAUUUAAUCCGCGAUCCUCUUCCCUAUCAUUAGUCUCCAAUGACUCCAGUACAUCCUUGCUAUCAUCGCGGAGACCCAAUGGGUCGAACCUCAAACAAGCAACUACACCACCCAAUGUGCCAGAUCCUUUAGAGGUUUUGGGAAGAAUACUAAACAAUGGAGAAGAGGCAAAAUCACCGUCUGCGAAGGGCUUUGGAGCCAUAAAUGGAACAGUCGCUCCCAUAAGAGAGGAAGAUGAUGAAGCCGAAUGGGACUUUGAAGGUUUAAGUCUACAAGAUAUAGUGGCAGGGGAACCUUCUGUCACUGAGGAUGAGCAUGUAUAUAAAUCACAAACACUUGAAGAAUGUAUGUGUGCCACCCAAUUAAUUUACAAAGACUACUGCUGAUGCGUUGAAUAGAUGAGCGUGAUAAGGAUAAGUUUGAAGAUCUCCACAGAUCGAUCCGCGCUUGCGAUGAUGUCCUAAAUUCAGUCGAAAUAAACCUCACAAGCUUUCAGAAUGAUCUUGCUAUGGUUUCUGCGGAGAUCGAAACUUUACAAGCACGAUCGACAGCGUUGAGUGUACGGUUGGAAAAUCGAAAGGUGGUAGAGAAUGGACUUGGACCUAUAGUAGAGGAGAUCAGUGUCUCCCCAGCUGUCGUUAAGAAGAUUGUGGAUGGAGCUAUAGAUGAAGCUUGGGUUCGAGCACUGGCGGAGGUUGAGAAACGAUCAAAGGCGAUGGAUGCUAAAUCAAAAGAACAACGAAAUAUAAAGGGAGUUAAUGAUCUCAAGCCUCUGUUGGAGAAUCUAGUGUCUAAGGUCGGUUCCCCUAUCCUAAUCUCGCGUACAAAUAUGUUGACUUUUACGUCCAGGCACUGGAAAGAAUCCGAGAUUUCCUCGUUGCUCAAGUGAAAGCUUUGCGAUCGCCCAAUAUAAAUGCCCAGAUUAUUCAACAACAGCACUUCCUGCGUUACAAAGACCUCUAUGCAUUCUUGCAUAGACAUCACCCAAAAUUAGCCGAGGAGCUCGGUCAAGCAUAUAUGAAUACGAUGCGAUGGUACUUCCUCAGCCAAUUUACACGUUACGCAAAGGCAUUGGAGAAGGUCAAGCUCCAUGUGUUGGACAAACACGAUGUUCUCGGGUCAGAUGAUGGAUCUCGCAAAGCCACGCUCCUAUCCGCGUCUAAACAAACUGGUCCACCACAUGAUGCAUUCAAUUUAGGUCGGCGAAUCGAUCUUCUCAAAACCUCCAAUGAAACUGCACUGCCGUCUUUCUUAGCAGAAGAAGACAAACAAACUCAUUACAUGGAAUUCCCCUUCCGCAAUUUCAACCUCGCCCUAAUUGACAACGCUUCCGCCGAAUACUCCUUCCUAACCUCAUUCUUCUCUCCCUCACUGACCUACGCAACCAUCUCUCGCUACUUCAACUAUAUCUUCGAACCCACCUUUUCCCUCGGACAAUCGAUCACCAAAUCCCUCGUCCAUGAGUCACACGAUUGUCUUGGUCUCCUCCUGUGUGUACGUCUUAACCAACAUUUUGCAUUUUCCCUCCAGCGCCGCAAAAUCCCCGUCGUGGAUUCAUAUAUCAACGCAACGUCCAUGCUCCUCUGGCCUCGCUUCCAACUCACAAUGGACACACACUGCGACUCAGUCCGCACCCUAACCUCGGCCCUUCCCACCCGAAAACCAUCGGCUUCAGAACAAGCGAAACAAUCCGCCGCCCCACAUUUCAUGACCCAACGUUUCGGCCAAUUCCUUCAGGGCAUUUUGGAACUAAGCACGGAAGCUGGUGAUGAUGAACCCGUGGCGAGUAGUCUAGCGAGACUGAGAAGCGAGAUGGAAGCGUUUUUGUCAAAGUGUGCGGCGAUUAUGCCGGAUAAGAGAAAGAAGGAACGAUUUUUGUAUAAUAAUUAUUCGUUGAUACUGACUAUUGUGGGGGAUGUGGAAGGGAAAUUGGCUGGGGAACAGACGGCGCAUUUUGAGGGAUUAAAGAAGGCUUUCGGAGAGGGCAUUUAACCCUGCUCUCCUCUUUCAUACUGGAUUGAAAGGUUUUGGACGUCUGUACUCAUUGAAGUAUAACAUUUUGAUCAUCCACUUUGUAAUUCUGCGGGAAGACAAAGAACUUUUAUUAUGAUAGGCAUAGAG